AUGGUGGAUGGGGAUCAGACGGAGAGGUUGCGGGUUAAACUGGGCUUUGAGGGGUGUUUUAAGGUGGAUAGUGUUGUUAGGAAGGGGGGUUUGUGUUUUCUAUGGAGAAAGAACAAUUAUGCGAGAUUGAUUACUUAUUCCUCUAAUCAUAUUGAUCUGGAGAUUUCUCUACCGGGGAAGCUACACUGGCGACUCACCUGUUACUAUGGUUAUGCACAGAGAAGUAGGAGGAGGGCUUCUUGGGAUUUUUUGAGAUCGUUAAGGGGGGCUGCUGCGCUACCUUGGGUCGUGUUGGGUGAUUUUAAUGAUUUAUUGGCCCAGUCUGAGAAGAGGGGAAGAUUACCGCAUCCGAAUGGUUUGAUUGAAGGUUUCAGUGAAGCCUUAGAGGAUUGUGGAUUGUUGUCUCUUCCUAUGAUUGGUUACCCGUAUAUAUGGGAAAGGGGCAAGGGCACGGUGGACUGGGUGGAGGAGCGGCUUGAUAGGGCCGUCACCGGGUCACGUGGUUUUCGAUUUGAGAAUGCGUGGCUUCUGGAUGAGGGAUGUAGGGGUGUUGUGGAACAGGAAUGGGCCAACACGCACGGGGUGGAGUUACAAUCCCGCCUCGCUAGGUGUGGUAAGGGUCUGAAGGCAUGGGGAGGAGACCGACACCACAAGUUUGGGAAGCGGAUUGCUGAGUUAAGAAAGGAGCUAGAUAAGUUGCGAGGUAGGCGCGAUCCUACAGCGCUGGCACGUUUUAGACAUCUUGACACGAGUCUAAGUCUGGCUCUUUCUCAGGAGGAGGUUUUUUGGAAGCAGCGUGCUAAACAGCACUGGUUACAAGGGGCUGACCGUAAUACUAAAUUCUUUUACAAAUAUGCAUCCCACCGGAAGAAGAAGAAUUAUAUUGAGAAGUUAAAGGAUGAUGAUGGGGUAUGGAAGGAGGGUCGGGCUCUGGAUUCACUGGUAACGGCUUACUACAGACAGAUUUUCACGACUGGAGGCUCACCCGGGCCUUUCAGGGUGGACUCUAUGCGGCCACGUGUGACUGAGGCACAGAACGCCCACUUGUUGCGGCCGUUUGAGCCGGAGGAAGUCCGGGACGCGCUUUUCUCUAUGGGCAAAGACAAAUCCCCGGGCCCGGAUGGCAUGAAUCCUGGCUUUUAUCAAGCCUUCUGGGACGUAAUUGGUAAGGAUGUCACAUCCUUUGUGCUUACUUGUCUUUCUCAGUCUUAUUUUCCUAAUUGUUUGAAUGAUGCAAAUAUUGUGUUGAUCCCCAAAAAAUGCAUCCCUGAGUCUGUGUCUGAUUUACGCCCGAUAGCUCUGUGCAAUGUACUUUACAAAGUUAUGGCUAAGAUGUUAGCCAACAGAAUGAAGCCAUUAUUGGAAGGAAUUAUUUCCGAAUCGCAAAGUGCCUUUCUCCCCGGAAGGUUGAUCUCGGAUAAUGUAUUGAUUGCCUCUGAGGUGGGUCACUACUUGAGGAGGAAGCAAUUAGGCCAGGUGGGGUGGUCAGCUCUCAAACUUGAUAUGGCCAAGGCAUAUGACAGGAUGGAGUGGUCGUUCGUGAAUGACAUGUUGGUGGGACUGGGGUUUGAUGUUAAAUGGAUACAGUUGUUAAUGAUGUGUAUCCAGACAGUUCGGUAUAGAGUCCUGGUAAAUGGGAGGCCAUCUGAGGAAAUCGUGCCUACUAGGGGUCUCCGCCAAGGGGAUCCCUUGUCCCCUUAUUUGUUUAUCAUUUGUGCUGAGGGGCUAUCUUUGGUAUUACAGGACUCACAGGCGAAGGGUCGAAUUCAUGGUUGUAGAGUGGCCCGGGGGGCGCCGCCGAUAUCACAUUUGUUUUUUGCAGAUGACAGCUUACUCUUCUUUAAAGCCAAUUUACAGGAAACUCUGGAGGUGAAGAGAUGUUUGAGUGUGUAUGAGGCGUAUUCAGGCCAGGCGGUGAAUUAUCACAAGUCCAGCGUGUCCUUCAGUCGGAAUACCCAUGGAGAUACCCGUGAUAUUGUCUCGGGGACUUUAAUGGUAGCACAGGCCGAGGAUUUUGGCAAGUACCUGGGUUUACCUUCAGUUGUUGGCAGGAAUAGAAGGGUGAUUUUUUCUUACAUUGAGCAGAAAUUGAAGCAAAGGUUCGGUUCUUGGAAUAAGAGGCUACUGUCUAGAGCUGGCAAGGAGGUUCUGUUGAAAAGUGUGGCGCAGGCUAUGCCAACAUACACCAUGAGUAUCUAUCUGCUACCAACGACUUUGUGUGCCUCUUUGGAGAGACUGAUGAAUAGGUACUGGUGGGGGCAGAACGGCAGCGACUCAAGCAUUCAUUGGUUAGCCUGGGACAGGAUGUGCAAACCCAAGAAGUUUGGAGGAAUGGGUUUUAAACGUCUCCACGAAUUUAAUCUUGCGUUGUUGGCUAAGCAAGGAUGGCGCCUGUUAACAAAUCAAAACUCCCUGAUGGCUCGUGUUUUCAAAGCAAGGUAUUUCCCAACUACUUCGUUCUAUGAGGCUGUAGUGGGGGGCAAUCCAAGUUAUGUAUGGAGGAGUAUAAUGGCCAGUCAGAAUCUGUUGAAAUCAGGCUGUAGGCGCCGGAUUGGUAAUGGCAGGGCUACUCGGGUGUGGUCGGUUCCAUGGGUUCCGGAUCCACACAAUCCCUUUGUAGAGACGGACCAGGGAGCUGACGGCCAGGAUUUGGUAGUUUCAGAUUUCUUAGACUCAAACACGGGGCAUUGGAAUCACAAUUAUGUUCAUCACUUAUUUAAUGCUCGGGAUGCAGGUUUAAUUCUCCAGCUGCCUGUGAGUCCGGAUCACGAUGACAUGUGGUUUUGGCACGGAGAUAUAAGGGGUAAUUAUUCGGUUAAGGAUGGUUAUAAGCGCCUGUGCACUCUGAAUACGCAGCCGUCAACUGUGUGGAAUAAUGUAUGGAAGCUGCAGGUUCCCCCCAAGUGGAAAGUUUUCCUGUGGAGAGCUCUCUUGAAUAUUUUACCAACACUUGAUAAGCUAUUAAUUAAGAGAGUGAUCAAUAUUAAUACUUGCCCAUCUUGUGGCUUACACGAGGAAUGUGUGAUGCAUCUGUUUUGUACAUGUCCUUAUGCUUUGAAACUAUGGCAACUCUCUCAAUUGCAAAUCCCUCCUAUUGCCAACAGGAAUUUUGUGCAGUGGGCGGAAGAAUGGCUCGGUGGUUCGUCGGGGUACUCGAGCGAAGUACGAGGUCAAAUAUGCGGACUGCUUCACACUAUUUGGGCUGCUAGAAACGCAGCCGUGUGGGAUGUGGCGCUGCCGUCUCCUAGUGUUGCAUAUCGGCGGCAUGAGGCGAACUGGGCAGCUUGGACGGAGUGUGAAGGCAGGCGGAUGGCAGCAAACGGCAGGCGGGCUGAGACGGCUCCAGUGCAGCCUCCUGAGAGCAUUUCCACCUCCUUUGCCUGUUUCAUUGAUGCUGGCUUCCAUGGACCGCAACGAGCUCCUGCGUUUGGAUUUGUGGUAUUCGGGAAUGAUCUCUCUUUUGUGGCAGCGGCUAACGGGCCAAUGGAGUGCCCUUAUGAUCCCCUUCUGGCAGAAACUAUGGCCAUGUGUGAAGCCCUCUCUUGGCUGAAGGAUCAUGGUUACUCAGGUACUGUAGUAUGCUAUGUGAAUAGGGAAGCCAACCUAGUGGCACAUUCCUUAUCUAAACAUGUAGAUGCUAUAGUCGAACGUUCUGUUUGGAGGGAUGUCCCUCCUACUUUCAUUGAGCCCUUGUUGGCGAAUACAACCUGA